AGCAGCAUGAGUCUUAUGUAACCUGGCCAUGAGUGGCGUGUCAUCAACCUGUCCGGUAAACGUCUAGGGGGUCGUCGAAGCGAGUGUGUGUGUGUGUGGUGAUGGUUGCAACUUUUGGAUACUGAUCGACUCGUCGUCACAGAAGGGCGAAGUGAUGAGUUCGGCCCGCUGUCUAGUACUGCUCCUGGUCUUCUUCACACCUUUGCAACAGACUCUCUGCAAAGAGAUCGACAAGGCCCAAGACCUCCAGCAGGAAGAGACGGCCCACAUCCCAGCAGAGCACCGCGGUGGUGGAUAUGAAGCAGCAGCGGGACACCACGGGGGAGGCACUGCCUUGCUAUCCCACUCUGGACACGUCUCUACUGUGCCCGUUAUCCCGGUGCACAUUGGAGGCGACCACCACGGCGACCCGAACGCCCUGGGUGUUGUGGGUCAGCAGGAGCCCGGAGACCCGUGGCCACUGGGUCGACCGGACAUGCCACAGAUCAAGAGUCUCAACGUAAAGUGCGAGAAAAACCAUAUGAAAGUAUUCCUCGAGUUUGAUCGUCCGUUUCACGGAAUGAUCUUCAGCAAGGGACACUACAGCGAUCCCAAGUGCGUGCACUUGCCACCAAACACAGGGCACGUCGCCGUCAACUUCGAUAUCUUCCUGGGCAGCUGCGGUAUGUCCAGCAGUCAACAGGGAGGCUACGACACGUUAGGGAGUGGGCUUUUCAUAGAGGAUACAAUAAUAAUCCAGUACGAUCCUCAAGUGCAAGAGAUAUGGGACCAGGCACGUCGUCUACGUUGUACGUGGUACGACUUCUACGAGAAAGCGGUGACUUUUCGACCUUUUAAUGUAGACAUGUUGGACGCUGUGACGGCUAAUUUUCUUGGAGACAACAUCCAAUGCUGGAUGCAGAUCCAAGUCGGAAAAGGACCAUGGGCCAGCGAAGUGGCUGGAAUCGUCAAGAUCGGGCAGACCAUGACCAUGGUACUUGCCAUCAAGGAUGACGAAAACAAGUUCGACAUGCUCGUCAGGAACUGCAUUGCCCAUGACGGAAAACAUCAACCUAUCGUGCUUGUAGACGAGUACGGCUGUGUGGCACGACCCAAGAUCAUGAGUAGGUUCCAAAAAAUUAAGAACUUCGGCGCGUCGGCGUCCGUCGUGUCGUACGCAUAUUUCCAGGCAUUCAAGUUCCCGGACUCCAUGAAUGUCCACUUCCAGUGCGUCAUUCAGGUGUGUCGUUACGAAUGCCCAGAACCGAAGUGCGAAGGAGACACGCUCGGAGGUCACUACCUUCCAGCCCCAAGGGACCCGUCCACGGCUUACGGAAGCGAGCAGAAACCGAGCUUCGCUGUGAAGCCUCAGGAGUCCCAGCAAAAGUCGACUGCUACCAAGAAGCCAGUGCAUACCACAGACAGCCCUCAGAAAGACUUCCCUCCCGUGUUCUUCAACAGGCAAGGCGAACAACUGCCGAGCGACAACGACGUGGCACCUGUCGAAGGGUACGCCAUAGCGAGCACUGGCGGCAUGCCGCGGUCUCACGACGGCCGGAGAAGAAGGGAGGUGGGCGACGCGACUGACAUCCAGACACAGAAGGUGAUACAAGUCGUCGCACCGGGCGACGUGGCAUUCAACCUUCCAACUGGCGACAACGACACCUUAGUGGAUGUGUUCAGCAGCCGUGUGUCGCCCGAUGGAAGCAUCUGUCUCUCCCUACCGGGCUUCGCGGCUGGUCUCAUCGUUCUCUUGCUCCUGCUGAUCGUCUCCUCGCUCGUUGCUUCCUUCCUUUUCAUUCGGGUGCGACAUAUCAGCAAGAGCCACGACAAAAUUGUAGGCUACGACGGGCCAGAUUUCGUUAAGGUCGCUAUCACGCCACAGUGAUGUCGCGGUGGAGUGUGUCAGAUCCACGCGGUUCAGCUUUGUGAUCGGUCCAGCUGUACUUAGCGGGACAGUUACAGCAACGUUGUGAAUAUGCAAGGUUCAAAAGGACUUGUGCUUCAGAACAGAACACGUACUGUUGGGACAAGAGAAUUGUAGCCACCGCGAGUGUAUAUUGGUGCGGCUAUCAUCUUUCAGAAGACGGCCGUUGUUCCUCUAACAGGAACGCAGCUCAAUGUCGCGGGCGGGCUACAAUACGCGACGACCUUUUAAUUUUAACCCGUCGAUCUUGUGAACAUAACGUUACUGGCUGAAAGUUUAUCGUCAUGUCGGCCUGAUGACGUGUACACUGCGCGUAGUCUUUGCUAUGGUGUCCUCACGUUCGUCCCACCUUAAGCACCUUAUUUAUUUUCUUAACCUCAUUGCAUCACUCCGUAAAACGAUGAAGAGUUUCGAUUAGCCACGGGAGACGUGAAUGUUCGACCUUUCAUUUACAUCUUUUCCUUGCGGAGCAACUUCCAGAAUUCGGUAGUUUAUACACAACACGUUGAAUCGUAUCGCAAUAUACAGCAUGCACCGUGUAAUAGCUGUUGUUUACCACUGAGGGCAUUCACCAUAUAGCAGCUGCAAAUAUUUAAAAAAAAUGCUCUAGCGACAUCUGGAUGACCUCGUUUGUCUUGUCAAUGCGUAUAGCUUGUUCGCAGGCAGACGAAUUAAUGCUGUACCACGUGACGUAUUUAUUGUUUUAAGAAAUCAAUACCCUAGCGACGCACAUUCAGUACCUGUAAAGAUCGAGGCCAUUAUUGGACGAGAUGGUCCUGAAGCCAUCACGUCUUGGCCACACCAAAUGAUCUUGGACGCCACUACACCAACGGUUUGGAACGCUUCUUCGCCCCACGGGGUAUCAAGAUAGCAAUCCUUCAAUCCCAUUCUCUCGUUAUUGACCCGGUUAUAAUAGCGAUGCCUUAUCCGUAUAGGCGGCCACAUCAGGCGACAAAAUAAAAACACCAGAGCGAAGCACGAUUCUGGAGAUUGCAAGAGCGGCGUCUCCCUGACGAAUGACAUGCAAGUCAACACUAGAUAUUUUAUCUCGUUUAGCACAUCUUCUGACGGCACUUCUAAAGAAACAGCCCCACAUAGUGCGCUAGUAAGGCUAAGGCAAUAGAAACGUCAGUCGGGAGACUAGUAUACAGGAACAGUGUUCUCAAAGAAGUGUCUAGAAUUAUAGUUGGCUUUGUCAUCACUUUACCUGCACAUCUCUUCUCUGAUACAUAUUGUGAAAAUAAUUAUGCAAUCUCACACGCAUAUUGCACCUUUACUGUACAGCGGUCGCUCAGUCGCUGCGCCUUAGCGCAAUUCUUUCUUGGAAACCGCUCUUGUAUCGUGUGACCAGAAGCAGUGGAUAUUGCCAAAAGAGAGAACACGACCAGAUCACUCUGACUGGAGUUCGAAGGCUCAUUCAGUAAGGGACCUGUACCACUGCAAUGAGCCACAGGAUGCACGUCAAGUCAACACCGUUGUUUGGUUAUCUGGUUGUGUGCAGAGGCGGUGCCAGACUACACGCGUUGGCAGGAAACGGAUGUCGAGCAAAGUCUUCGGAGUAUAAGAGCACAUGGGGAGGAACCAUGUGCUCCUCAUUGUUUUUCGCGAAAAGCAAGAUGGUCUUCCACUAUCUUCACAUAUUUUUAGAUCCACACGCUGAACUUACGAAGACAUUUAAUGUUCAAGACAGCCUUCGCCCUUCUCUGGCUCCGUCUCUGACUGUGCGA